AUGCUUCUUCAAUCCGCGUCAAAUUUUCUUCAGGAAAACUUCAUUCUGGUUCUUAUCAUUUCGGUCGUACUCGUAUGUAUAUCGCAGGUGUAUUACGAAGUCUUCAUCAACCCACUCGCCAAAUACCCAGGCCCAACAUUCGCCGCUGCAUCACGGAUACCCCAACUCUACCAUACCUUUAAAGGCGACCUCCGCGAAUGGGUCAAUGAGCUUCACAUCAAACACGGUGAUGUAGUCCGCGUCGCACCAGACGAGCUAAGCUAUGCAAGCGGAGAAGCCUGGAAAGAAAUAUACGGCCACGCCGCGGGCGGAAAGAAAGUCACGGAAAAGGACACACGCUUCUACGGGCCAUCAUUCAAUGGAGCCCCAGAUAUCAUCCGCGCAGAUGGGCCCAAUCACGCACGUUUCCGACGCAACUUCUCACACGCCUUCUCGGAUCGCGCUCUCCGGGAACAACAAUCGCUGAUCUGUCGGUAUGUGGAUAUGCUAGUUGAGAAGCUCCAGGUGACGAUCAAGGAAGAUCCAGAGGCGAAAAUUAACAUUGUUCGCUUGUUAAAUCUGACGACCUUCGAUAUCAUGGGUGAUUUGACAUUUGGUGAUUCCUUGGAUCUGUUAGCUGGUACUGGAAACACAAAUUGGGUUUCCGCUGUAUUCGUCAGUAUGAAGACGAAUGCUUUGCGCAGAUUAGCGCGCUACUGGCCUUGGACUGCGCCUAUCGCCCAGAGGCUCAUUCCAAAGGCAUUGAAGCAGCAAAGCAUCUCUCAUUAUCAGGCUUCUCAGGGUCGCGUCGAUAAACGAAUUGACGGGAAUCACACGAUGCAGAAACCUGAUAUCUGGGGUAUUGUGAUGAAUCAGAAAGAGGAUCUACGUCUUAGUCGAGCGGAGAUGUACGCCAACUCGCAAGUCUUCAUGGUUGCGGGUACUGAGACUACAGCUACUGCGCUGAGUGGGUUGCUUUAUUAUCUCUUAAUGAAUCCUACUAAAAUGGAUAUCAUUGUGAAAGAGAUUCACGAUACUUUUGAGAAGGAUGAGGAUAUUGAGAUGAGGGCACUAGAGCAUAUGACUUAUCUUAAUGCGUGCAUUGAGGAGGCUUUGCGCAUCUACCCUCCAGUUCCUGUUGGUCUGCCUCGUAUCACCCCUGAUGAUGGAUUGAUUGUGUGUGGGGAACAUAUUCCAGGCAAGAUCGCUGUUUCCGUUCACCAAUGGGCUACCUUCCACAGCCCCGAGAAUUUCAAGCGACCGGAGGACUUCGUUCCUGAGCGUUGGAUAGGCGAUGAGUUUUCCAGCGACAAUAAAGCAGCUUUUCAACCAUUCUCAUUUGGCCCCCGCAACUGUCUUGGAAAGAAUCUGGCAUACCACGAAAUGCGUCUGAUUCUUGCGAAAGUCUUAUAUAAUUUUGAAUUUUCUCUUCUCCCCGAGUCCGUCGGUUGGGAAAAACAGAAGACUUUCUUCUUGUGGGAGAAGAACGAUCUGAUGAUCCAGUUGAAGCGGAGAAUCUAA